CUCGAGACGGCAGAGAUAUGGUGCCAGCCACAGGGGCAGGCACGCGGGCCCUGGAUCAGGGGUGUUCCGCUACCCCUGCCGGUCUGGGCCCAUUACGAGUCACCAGCCCUGACCGUCUCCACGGUCGAACAGUAUGAGGAAUUAGCAGGCAGCGUUGAACUUGAAACGCAACGCUUAUUGCGUGAGCAUCGCUACGAUACUAUUGGCAAUUUCCUCAGGUUUUAUAAGGACUACACUGCAAGUGGAGAAAGUGCGCUGGAUCGAUUCUACCGGAAAUAUCAGCCACUAAUAACACACAAACACCAUACUUGCGUCGGUCUUGGAUUUGAAUUAUUACAUCGAUUAACAGGAUUGAAUAAGCGAUUCCCAGGAAUAGCAAGUGGCCUCUACAUAGUAUCUUGUGAAGAGACGAUUGGUGAUAUCGCCGGCUAUGUUGGCGGUCCACCAGCGGCGGACAGCGGCGAGAAGGAGCAUGUACUUGUGUGCCUGAAAAUCGAGAUCGGCGGACGUCGCGGCGUCAUGCUGCUCGAUCCCGGUUAUCACGUAGCGCGCGUUAUCACUGUGAUGGCCGAUAAGUUAUACCCUCACACGGGCUGGUUCACGCAAUCCGAUGAGCCGACCUGUAAGAAAGAGUACAACUACUGUCUGUGCGCCAACGAUCCCGAUUAUGUCGAGUGGCAUGAGAGAAAGACUCGACCUGGUGCCUUGGAGAGGACGCAAGUCGCUCUCAUUUAUGUGGCAAGGCCAUAUUUAACUGCCAUUGACGUUACAGAACGUAGAAACUUGGUUUAUAACCAGAGGAGUCUCCUUGCCAGAGAUACUAAGGGUCACGUCACCGCCGGCAUAUACUUCCCCGUUGUACUAGACAUGAACAACAUGCAGACCUUCACAAUUUUCUACCAGACUGGUAACGGGAAGAAGCGAGUCAAGAUGGCGUUCAACAAGUUCCACAGUUCGCGUAAGACAAGUCCUGAUACCGAGGAAAUGGAGAUGAUAGCGGAAUGUGCUCGACAACUCAAUAUUUCGCAGGGCAUCCUGGAAUACAUUCUCUCUGCUCUAGCCACUAUCAUGAAUGAUUCGUCAUUCGUCGCACAGCUGUUGGCUAUUAACGCGAAAAUUAACACCUUGGCAGAGGACAAUUGAAACGAACAGAAGCCACUCCAACCGGUGGAGCGUCGACACAUCACGUCUUGUUAUUUCUUUUGCCCGCUUUCCUCUUACGUUCUUUCUCUUUUAUUAAUUCUCGUAGCUUAUUCGUUCUUUCCUUUGUUUGUAGUCAAGCUUUGUUAUGAUGCUUGUAUAUCUACAUACAUACAACACGAGUCAUGCAGUCUUGCGAACUCUUCACUUUUCAAUUAUCUUGAGACUUAUACACGAGAUGAUGAGAUAAAUCGACUAAUCCAAAUAAAAUACAGUUAUUUAAAUUAAUUUAAAUGAUUGUACACAGAAUUAUAUCAAUACUUCUGUGUAAAAAUAUGGCAUCAUCAAUUUAUUAUUCCGCGUAUCAAAAUAUUAAUCAUCGAGCCUGAAACAGAUGAUUCAUUCAAAAAUGCAUGAUUCAGCUUUUAUAACAAAGUGUCGCUCUUUUACGAUGAGACUUUGAAGAUGUUUUCGACAAUUCUAAUAUUAUUUUGCGUAUGCAAUUCAAUGAAAACAUUAACAGAUGCGAUCAAAUAGCUUUUAAAAUACAUAUGAUUUUAAGUUUGACGAUCUUAUAUAUUUUUUUCUUUUCUUUCGCUGCGUUACAGUUCACGGUAAACUCAGAGUCACUCUCUUCGCUCUCAAAAACUGCCGUUCGGAAUCUGCUUUAAAACUGUAGGUCCCAUAUGUCUGUGAUGCGCACGCUAAUUGUACACAGGCAUGUGGAACUUAGUUUUAAAGCCAAUUCCGAACGAGUUUUUGAGAGUGGUUUUUGUGGCAAAGGAUACCCUCGGUGGGCACACCUUCGAAGACGAUCUUAUAUAUAUUUGCUUCAAUUCGCUUCUUUAUCUAGAACGCAAAGUGCGAAGCUGAUAAUCGUUUUAUUUUCAUAACUAAAAGAGUUUCUAAACAUUAUUUUGCUUUCUUUUAUUUUAGUCUUGGAUAUGUAAGCUUUUGGGUUCUAUGGUAAUAUAAUAGAUCGGUGUGAUAAUAUUUUCAUUGAAAGAUAUUGAUACUAACGCAGUUAAUAGAUUACUAUUUAUGUAGAAAGACUGCACUAAAAUUAUAUUGGUACAAGGGAUACUUUUUUGUUUUGUCGCGUGCGCGCGCCCGCGCUGUAUGCCGUUUCUUCUUUAGAAUACCGUAAUAUGUAUAUCUUUCAAUUGUGUGUAAACACUAAAUUUGACUUCAUUUAAAUACAAUUAUUUGACAAGUA